UGCUGCCAGCGCUGUAAACAAUAUCAAUGAAUAGUGAGGUAAAUCGUUUCUAUGAAGAAAAAAAAAACUGUAACGUGAUAAUGCAAUCAAAGUCAUCGCCGGUGAAAUUAUUUUGGAAAGGACAGGAAUUUUUUAUUAUAAUAAAUAAAGCGCGUGCGUGAGCCAUAGCCAAGGAAGCUUUUUUUUAGCGGACCCGUAAGUCCAUAGUGAAACGCAAGCGCUCGCAGCGAAGAAGAGGUAGCCGGAACCGAAGCCGCAGCUGUCAGCCGAGGCCAUAGCCGAAGCUUCGACGCCAUAGCCAAAGCUGCAGCUUUGACGCCAUAGCCAAAGCUUAAAGCUAGCGCGACAGUCGCAGCGGUAGCUCGGAGCACAGCCAAAGAAGGAGGUUGAGCUGAGAAGACUUUGCUGAAGUCAAUCUCGCGAAAAGCGGGGGAGGGAGGAGGGGGAAGAGGGGGAGGAGGAGGAGGAGCGCGGGGAAGGGGAGGAAUCGACUAUGGCCUCUGCAGCUUCCACGUUGGCGGCAGCGGUGCCCGGCUGUCUUGCAGCCGCCGGUCGCACGAGCGCGUUGUCGUCGCGCGAUGCGCGACGAUGUCGGCGUGUCACAUUUCCUGCUGCGCAUCCCGGCGUGGGCGCAAAUACGCUGAGAAUCGGCAGCUUGGACAGCGCCGACUUCUUGUCGCACGUGCGCGACCAGACCAGCGGCGCGCGCAGUGCGCAUGUUACCUGCGCUUACGGGGAUGUGGUCGGCGGAACCAACUAUCUCAUUGCCGGAGCAAUCGCCAUAGCCGUUCUAGGCGCGGCUAUCCCCGCCCUCUUCCUGCGCAAGGACAUUUGCCCAGAGUGUGAUGGUGCAGGGUUUGUGCGGAGCGGUAACACCAGACUCGUUGCAAAUGCAGCCCGAAAAGAUCAGAAGCAGAUAGUCUGCCAAAGGUGCAAUGGACUUGGAAAACUUGGCCAAGUUGACAAGUGAGGGCCCUUUUCAGGGAGGAGGUUCUCUUGAAGGUUGUAAUUAAGCGAGCUUUUUAGCUUGUGUUUUGUUUUGUUUUUUCUCUGCACUUUUGCUAUCUUCGGCGUCUCUGCUGCGAAGGGGAGUACCUGGACACUCGGUCAACUCAACUUGUCUGCUGCCAAGGACUAGGACUGUCGCGCCUGCGUUUUUUUUUACAGUAGAUUCAAAGUAGAUGCGGUAGAGGUAUUUUUAACUAUUUUAGAUAUUUAGAGCCCUUUUCUUUUUCUGUUUUUGAGCGCCGAAGGGAGAAUGAGAAACAGAAAGUUAAACGACUUCAAAAGUUCCGUAGUUUGUACAAUAUAAGAAUAGCCUACCUUUAUAUAAAAAAAUUGGAACAGCCACUGUCAGCCAGCCUACUCUUUCGACCGGCGACUUGAACAAACAGACUUGUGAAACAGUGAGAAAGACAGAAAAAGGACUUAGAGAGAUUGUGGUAACCUUGUACAACAUGAGGGACAGCCAGCCGGCCUACUCUUACUGCCAGUUACUCCCCUGUGAACUUCUAAGCACCGUCAGAUAAAAGACAGACUCCUGAUCUACCACUGGCGACAGUAAGCUGUACAUUUACGCAUCAGUCCUGGUGACAAAGAGCCAUGCGAUGUUUCUGCUGCUUCUUUGCCAGUCAGUCGGCAAAGGAUCAAUAUUGCUGAAAGGAGUUUUAGAAGGUUUAAUACAACUGUUACACCAUCAGCGGGUGGCGUUUCUGCCGCUUCUUUGCCCAUCAGUCGGGCAGAGGAUGGCUGCUGCUGGAAGGAGUUUCAGAAUGUUCAAUACAAUUAUCCAAUACAAUUAUCCAAUACAAUCAUCGUAGAAGUACAGUAUCAGUUGUAGAGGUAGAAUUGUAUACGUAUACAGAUAUAAAGUAUAGAUAUACAAACUAGAUAUGAUUGGAAAAGAAAGGAACGGAGUUUCAAAACACGCAGAGAUGCAGAACAUUUCAGAGUUCGGUGACAACGUAGUCUUUCAUCUGAGGGUUUUGGGCUCAUAUCUGUGGCCAAAAUAGUCCCUCAGGCUGGUUUGCUGCAGCAGCUCAAGGAAGUUGGUGACAGUGUUGAUCUUCAUCGGGAGAUUGAUGAUUGACAAUGUUUCAGGUUCUGAAACAGACAACAACAAAGUCAAAGGCAGAAAUUCUUCACAUGCUAGCUUUUUUUGUUUUUUUCAGGUGCUUUGCUGCCUGCUCUCAAAGACAUCACAAGGUACAACAUGAGGUCCACCAUAGCCAUGGCCACCCUUCUCCUUCCUCUUCAUGAAGGCCGAGGCUGUGGCGGACUGCUAAGGCCCUGUCUCUUAUACACAUCUAGAUGUGUAUAAGAGAGAGGAGAGAGAGAGAGAGAGAGAGAGAGAGAGAGAGAGAGAGAGAGAGAGAGAGGAGAGAGAGAGAGAGAGGAUGUACCGAGCAAGUUUCAGUGAAAGAACAAAUUGCAUUGCAAUCAGUCACAGCCUUAUACAUGCGCUCUUGUGUCAGAUGAGUAUGCUAGGGGGGGGAAACGGUUAAACCACCAUUAUGUAAUGACCUGCCAAACACGGACUGAGACACAGCUGAUUUCUGAGUUUUGCUCAUGGAAUGUAUGCCUCACUGACUGUCCCGCUUGUUGCUGAGUUUUCUAAGUCUGUGUGGGUGCAUGCUUGCUGGUCUGCAUGCCUGUCUGAGUGCUUGUCGGUUUGAGUGUGUGUGUAACCCGCAAGGGCACUUGGUUAUUCGGGCUUACCUAGGGCCGUGACAUUGAGGGUUGCAGUGGGGAAAACACUGAAGUUGCGGGAAAAGAGGUCCGCGACACUUAGAGCAGCGGAAAACAUUGCAGGUAGGCCAGUACCACACCAAGUAGAGGCAGAUGUGCCGGGUACUCGAGGCCGAGCAGAAGAGGGCAAAAGUUGGCAUUUUUAGAGGCCCAGUAGUUGUAGGCUAGGUCUAGGCGGGUACCAGUCCAACCGGUCUGAGUCUAGGGCCUGUACAGGCAAUAUCAGCGUCUGCAAUGCUGUUUCACUCCGAAAGGGAGGAGGUACCGGUUGCUUGGAGGCCACAUGGCCUAGGAGGUCACUCGCCAAGAGGCAAGCGGACCGCUCUAUCUCCAGGAGGAGCAAGGUGCUCCUCAUUGUCGGUGUGGCAAGUUUGGCAACACACUGGUUUGAGCGCUGGCUGGAGCAAUGCUAGCUCUGAGCAGCGCUGCUAGGGAAGGAGCAAGGACACGGGGAGAAGAAAACCAGGACUAGGAAAGGGGAGCGCCAGAGGUACUUACCUAGCUGGUGGUUGCCAUCUUCAUCACCUUGGUGGGCGCUGGAGCAGAAAGGCCCC